AUGGGGACGUCACCGGUGUCUCGAUGUGUGCUACUCGGCCGCGCGGGGCGCGCGGUUCGCGUCGCGGCGCUGACCUUCGCGAUUUUAGCGUCGCGCUUCGUCGCGGGAGAGGGCGCCCGGCUGGACGGGUCGAUGGCAUUCACCGUCGUGGAGGUGGAGAUGCCGGAGACGCUCGACAAGCACUGGGAGUUUUCCAUCAAAGGCGGCGCCGCGGGCGAUCAGUACGUGGCCAACACCAAGGUUUUCAAAGCCGACGAGGGCGUCCGCAGGGGGGAUAAGAUCAAGCUCUCCAUCAACGUCCCGAGCGGAGAGUACCACCUCGUGCUCAGGAACACCAAGCCUUCCGACGACGAUUCCCACCGAGAGUGCGACAAGGCCGACGGCUUUGGCCCCAUUCGGUACCGCAUCCUGGACACCAGGUCUGAGAACUUCUGGGCCACCAACUUCACCUCGGUCGCCUCCGUGGGCAAGAGUUUCGUCCCGGCGUCGCCGGCGGGCGCCGUCGCAUGCCAGUGCACGUGCGCCAACGACGUUCGCUUCCACACCUUCUUCGCGACGCGCGUCGGCGCGGCGCUCAACUCCCAAGCCUACGUCGACCCGACGCUGAGGGACGGCGAAACCGCAGACGCCGGGUACAAGAACCUUAAUCGCAACGCGUACAUGCUCUUCCAAUCGUUCACGUUCGACGUGGACGCCGACGCGGGUGACGGGACGUACCUGCAGGUCAUCCUCCGCGACGACGACGACGUCGACGAGCUCGAGCCCUUCGCGGGGGACGACCCGUCGCGACUGGCGCAGCGGCGGACGCUCGUUCACGCGCAGGCGUACGACGAGUGGGCCGGGAACGGCGGGACGAUCGGGACGGCGCUGAGAUCCGCGGCGACGGACGGGGACGGGGUGGUGGAGGAUGCGCGGACCGCCGGGGCGCUGACGCACGGGUUACCGCUGGGAGUCAGGCCGGACUCGAACGCCUGGGGGGGGGACCAGGGGUACGACCACAACUACGUCCCCGGUUUUCACUUCGAGUCCACUGAGACGGUGACCCCGGGGCGGUACGUGGUGAGCGUGUUCAGGACGUGCUCGAACGGCCCGGGGCAUUGCGACGAGACCGCGAGGGACGACGCGGGUAAGAGCUUUCAGUUUAAGAUCACGGCGCAGGUGAUCCGGCGGUCCUCGUUCCAGUGGGAGGUGGUCGAUUCGAGGGAUUCAAACAAUUUUGCCUCGGGUUACGAGCGCGACAAUCACAGGCGCGGGUCCGGAACGACCGUCGUGACUGUGGCGGAUCGAUACAUAUGCAUGUUCGGCGGACCGACAGACGACGCCGCCACCGGCGCGGAUUUCGCCGUAUACGACACGGUGGAAGAUAAGACGACAAAGCCGGCUGGGUUCAGCUACCUUCACGUCGCCUUUGCCGUCGCCGUCGAGGACAAGAGCUUCGUCCCGUCCGGUAACCUCGUCGGCGCGUUCAUCAUGACGCACGCGUACCAUCACGGCAGCAACGAUAGCUUGCAGCCGUACGCCGUGCGGAGGGUUACGAUUUCGCACGCGACGGGGUCCGAUCCCGGCGUCGCCGUGACUGAGAUUUACCCAGCCGUCGCCGUCGCCGGCAUGCCCGCGCGAUUCGGCUCCGCGGGGGUGUGGUACGACGAUAAGAUCCUGGUUCACGGGGGAUUCCACGUCGACGGCGCUCACGCGCUCGUCGCCACGAGUUGCGUCGAGAACCCCACGGAUGCGGUGUGGGCUUUCGACAUGAACACGUUUCAGUGGUCAAAAUUCGCGGGGCCGACGAGACCGAACGGCGACGGCACCUUCUGCGCCAGCGAUCCCGGAACCGGUCGGGGAAGGCACGCGGCGGCGGUGCUGAACGCCGACCGCGCGCCCAGCACCGUCGACGGGACCGCUCCCCCGGAUCCGACGCUUCGAAUAUCGGGUGGAUACGCCAAGAUCUCGGACGGAGUUCCCGCGCACACCAGCGACCCGUCGCACAUCUCAUCCGACCAGUGGAGCCUCAACCUCGUCACCAAAGCGUGGACGAAGCUCUCGGACCCCGAACACUCCGGCCCGAGCGCGCGAGACUCGGCAAUCGCGCGCGCCGACCACAGCCUCAUCGUGCUCGGAGAAUCGACGGUGGUGAUGACGGGUGGGCAAUGCCGGACGACGGAGCGAUGCAAGGAGAAUUUUGUCCUGGCGCAGCCGCUCGGACCGGACCCGACGUCGCAGAUCCUCACCAACGUGACUCUCGGGGUCUAUCCCGUGACGUACAUGCACAACGCGAAGCCGAAGAUGACCAACAAGGCGGUCAUGGCGGGGGCCUACGUGUACUUGCUCUCAUUUGGUGACUACGAAUCCUACGGCCAAAACACAGACGGAGCGGCUGUGGGAUACAUCUGGAGGUAUAAGCUGGUGUCGCACGUCAAGAACGCCGCACCGGCCGUGGACAACGCCGAAGCCGGUCGCGGAUCUCAGGCUGCCCCGUAUCGCACGCUGAAAUACGCAAUCAACCGCGGCCAGGCGCCGGUGGUUGUCCUCAUGACUGGCUCGCACGAGGGUGUCGGCAACGCAAACGUCGUCGUCGCCGGUCCCUCUAUGGGAAAAGCGCCGGUGAACGACGGCUACGGAUCCCCCUGCCACCUCGCCGUCGCGACCACGCUCCCGUUUGCUUUGACACCUUCGAGCAACUCGGCACUCGAAACCGAUGGACGGCAAAAGCGACAGACGUGCGUCGGUCCUCUGAUCAUCGCCGGGCAAAACAACGCGCACCUCGACGGCACGCGCGUCUCCAACGACGCCGCCGACGUCAACGUCGUCGCCGCGGCGCUGGGACCCGUCGAGAAGUGUCAAAGAAAGUGCGCCGAGCUCGAGCACUGCUGCAACUCGAGCCCGUAUGAGGGCACGAACGAGUACCCGUCCUGCCUCCAGGCUUGCGUCCUCGUGUACGACGGAGGGUGGGCCGAGGACCAGUGCACCUCGUACUGCCAGGAGGACAGGGACUACGACAAGGUCUUCUACCGGAGGAGGCUAUUCUCCCACGACAGCACCUACUGCUCGCGCGGCUCUGGGACGUACCAGUUCUCGUUCUGCGACUACUACUGCUCGGAUCUGCCCCAGAGUCAGUACGGUUACGACGCGCAAUCAGGGUCGAAGAGGUACAUGGAGGCGCCGUACACGUGCUCCACGCAGUUGGGGACGGACGAGCGCACGUGCGCGGACGGGUGCGUCGCGGGGGCGUCGCUGCGAACGGCGCCCGCGCCGCCGUCGCCCGCGUCCGGCGGCGAGGUCCUCGUCCACUCCCCCGGUCUCGUCGUCACGGGCGGCGUGAACCUCGUCCUCCACGGCUUCACCGUCAAGGACGUCGUCGCCAAACACGGCGCGGCGGUGUACGUCGACAAGCUGGACUUCUCGUGGAGCAACGUCUACGUGGAGAGGAUGUCGUUCGCCAACGCCUACGCCACGUACGACGGCGGGGCGCUCUAUUUGGCCAGGGAUUCAUCCAUCGUCGCCACCAAGCUGUCGGGUUGCGGCGCCGGGAACCGGGGCGGAUGCGUCUUCGCGCGAAAUCACGCCACCUGGCUCAACGUCAACGGGGUCACGGUCGACGCCAAGGGGGCGCUGGAGUCUGCGCCGACGGAGACGCUCAGGUCGCUCGUCGCCGCGGCGGGAAUCCGAGUCCUCGACGAAACCACCGCUCGGGGAGGAAUCGUGUACUCCACCAGCAGGCUGCGAGUCACGCGCUCCACGCUCGCCAACGCGGGUGCCGUCAAGGGGGCGUGCGUGUACGUCGUCGGGUACGGCUCGCAGCCGUCCUAUUUGACCGACGUCACGUUUGAGAAGUGCGCCGGUACCAAGGGUAAAUCCUUCGGCGGCGCGGUUUACGCGCAGGAGAACGACCUCAUCAGCUCCGCCGCGGAGUGGACCAAUCGCGGGUUACACCUCGUGCGGUGCGUCGUGAGGGACUGCUCCGCGCACAGUGGCGCCGGGGUGUACGCCGCGCGCGGGUCGCUGUGGAUCCGCGACGGCACCUCGUUUGAGCGCAACGCGGCGGCGUUUGAAGGCGGAGGCGUCACCGUCCUCACCGGCACGCUCUACAUCGCGGACAGUUCGUUCGUACGCAGCGCCGCGGCGAGGGACGGGGGCGGCGUGAGCGCGACGAGCGCGAGCCUUCGCGUGAUCGACUCGCGGUUCGAGGGUUCGGCGUCGCUCAGAGGCGGGGCGAUCCGCGCGAGGGAUUGCCGCGACGCCACCGGAAACAACGCCGUGACCCUCACGAACGUCACGGUCGCCGGAAGCCAAAGCAAGGUAUCCGGAGCGAUUCACGUGUCCGACGUGGAUCUCGCGAUGUCCUCGUGCGUGGUGACGGACAACUCGGCGGGUUCCAGAGGCGGCGGCGUCCACGUCGACGGGAUCAGCUCGAGCACGUUUCAGAACUGCGAGUUUACCAACAAUACCGCGGUGGACGGCGGCGCGCUCGUCGUCGCCGGGGGCGAGGCGUCCCUCUUCCACACGACGUUCGAACGCAACGUCGCCGAGCGAAACGGCGGCGCCGUGUACGCCGAGGCCACGCGAAGCGUCGACUUCGUCUCGGCGACGAUUAAGAACAACGCGGCGCGGAUGGGAAAGGGCGGCGGGGUUUUCGUCGCGGGCGGUGGGCGCGAGUCCGAGAUGAACGGCGCCCGCCCCAGGAUCGACUUUCGAAAGUCGAUCCUGCGGGAAAACGUCGCGGUCAACGGCGGAGGCCUCGCGGAGGGAUGCGACGUCGACACGACGUUCGCGGACGGAGUCGCGCGGUGCCCUCGGAUCUCGCUCGGAUCCGGGUCGACGGUGAGGAACAACUCGGCUUCCGACGCCGGCGGCGGUGUGUACUUUGCCGCCCUCGAUUCACCUCCCGUCUUUGACGCCGACAGCGCGAACGUCGGCAACGCGCUCACGGGCGCCGCGGGAUACGGCUCGCAGCGCGGGUCCAUCCCGGCGAAGAUCGUGAUAUUCCCCGACGCGAAGGAUCUCAGCAGCGGCACCGUGACGACGGAUACCAUCUCCAUCUCGCUCGUCGACGCGGACGGCCAGGUCGUGAGCUCGGGUGCGCUCGCGGAGUCGCUCGUGGUGGCCACCUACCCCCGGGGAAUCUCGAUGAAUUCCGGUUCGCAGGUGAGGCUCAAGCUCGGGAAGGCUGAGACAAAGCUCGGGGUCAUCGGAGAGGAACAGACGGUGCGCAUAGCCUAUCGCGCGGUCGCCACCGGGGACGUGCCGGUCCCGCCCGCGGAGUUCCGCGUCACGAUCGGGGCGUGUCGGAUCGGGGACUACUUCGACGGCGUCGCGUGCCGAUCGUGCGGCGCCGGUCACUACAUCCCGAGCGACGUUAAAAACGUAACCGCCGGGCAACCGGGGUACGACGCGAGCUGCUUCCCGUGCCUCGCCGGGCACUACUCCCUCGUCGCCAACGCGACCGAGUGCGAGGCGUGCCCGGCGGGGACAGCCUCCGGCGUCGUCGCCGCGAACGCCGUCUCCACCUGCGUCGCGUGCGCCGAGGAUACCAUCAGCGGAGCGGGCGCGGGCGCGUGCGUCGCGUGCGGUUUCGGCCAGAUGAGCAACCACGGCAACACCGCGUGCGUUCUCUCCUCCUCCAUGCUCAUCAGCAUCGUCACCGUCCUCGUCGCGAUGUUCGUCGGCACCGCGGCGCUGGCGCAAGCCACGUUCAAGUUUGGCAACUCGAAAGUUUCGCGGCUCAUGGAGCUCGCGAUUGGGGGUGGCAAAACCGACGCCGAGGACGACGCCGCCGACGAAGACGCCGCGAUCAAAUCGAUGAACGCCAUCUUGAUGGAGUCGCGGGUCACGUCGUCGGCGUCCGGGGCUGUGGAGUCGGCGGCUAAGAACGCCGUCGCCGCGGCGUCGGCGCUCACGGGCCUGAACCGCGAAGCCCUCGCCCUCGCCGUCGCGCCCGUCGUCGCCAGACGCAGGCGCUCGGUGGAGGCGGCGAUCAACGCCACCGUCGAGGCGGGAAGCGCCGGGGGCGCGGACAUCGUCGCGGAGGAGGCGGACGCCAUCGCGACGGCGACCAAGGAGGCCAUCGCCGCGGUGUGCGACGCGGUUCUCGCCGAGUGCGACGCGAGGGCGGCUUCGAACAUCGACGCCGCGGCUGAAGCCGCCGUCGGCGCCGCCGCCGGGACACUCCGCGCGCGCGUAGACGCCGCCAACGCCGUCGAUCACCGCGCCGUCGACGCGCUCUGCGCCGCCGCCGAGCUGGAGGCGCGCGAGGCUGUGCAGGAAGCCGCGGCGUUGGGUCGCAAGGCGGGCGUCGGCACCGAGGAGGACCGAGCCGCGCAUUUAGACGAGGUUCAAAAAGUUCUCGACGCCGUGGAUACGGUUGCGAGGCGACGCGCGGACGCGACUCGGAGCCGCGAGAAGCGCCGCGGGGGCCGGCCACUACCCGAGCUUCACACCAAGGAGUCCAACGCGGAGACCGAGGAGCUCUUCGCCGAGGCGUUUGCGUACGUCGCCGAGCUCGAGGACGCCGCGGAUGGGCACCUCGGCGGCGAAGUAGCGUUCAAACCGACGGGCGUACCCGCGCUCGCCGCCGCCAAGGCUCGGCUCUCGGCGACGAUCGCCGACGCCGCGUCUCGGUGCAGGACCGGGGUGGAGGACCGGCGUGGUUCGCGUCAGGCGCAGGCGGCGGCGGGGGAACCCGUGACGGAUCCCGUGGGCGUCGUCUCGUCAGCCGGGGUUCUCGACGCGGUAUCGACGCAGUCCGCGCACGCCGCCGAGUCCAACGUCCUCCUCGCCGUCGUCGCGGGACCGCCGGGGGAUCCACCGCCGCACCUCGCGGCGCUCGUCGAGGCUGAAGCCGUCGCCGACGCCGCGAUGGCCACCGCGGCGUUGCACGCCGCCAAAUUCGCCGCGAGCGCUUACGACCCGCAGGGCCUCGACCCGUUCGAGUCGGCGAGGUACGCGGGCGAGCUCGCGAAAGUCACGGAUCCGAUGCGUGUCGCGAUCAAGAACCUCUCGGAGCGAAGGCACGACGACGUCGUCGCGCGGCUUCGUCGGGCGAUGGCGGAUGCGGCGGGGGACGCGUCGGGAAACGCCGAGGACGCCGGUUCGAAUCCCGACAAAGCCGACGACGCCGCCGCGGUCGACGCCGCGGCGCGGAGCUUGAACGACGAGCUUGGGGCACUCGCCGGGAUGAUUCACGGCGGCGAAGUCGACGGGAUCCCCCCGGAGGACAUGUCCGCGGAGGCUUUCGAGUCGCUGAGGGAUUCGAUGGACCGACUCGCCGACGACUUGCAAAACGCGGCCGAUAAGGGCGCGUCCACCCUCGCCGCGCGGCUGGCGCGGCGCCGGGCGAAGGGCGACAAGGAGAGCCGCAUGCACGGCACCGUGGCGGAUGAGGUGGCGGCGGCCGUGGCGGGUGGGGAGACGGAUCCGGACGUGCACGCCGCCGCCGCGGACGUCCUCGAAGCCGGCCUCGACGAAGACGGGGCGGCGCCGGCGCCGCGGGUGGAUGCCGAAUCGGUGGACGCCGCGGUGGCGCCACCCGCGCCGGACUUUAAGGAGCAGCGCGGGUCGCUGGACGAGGCGCGCGCGGCGCUGCAGAGGCAGCUGGACCGAUCGACGAACAGGCACGGCGCGGCGCUGCAGGAGAGGCUGGCGCGGAAAAAGGCGAGGCGCGAGGCGGGGGGCGGCGGCGGGUUGGGUUUUUUCGGCGGAAUUCGCGAGAAUCUGCGUCAAAGAGCGAUGGCCGCGGCGAUGGUGGCGCAGACGGAGGUGAUGGUGGCGGUCGCCAAGGAGGCGCAGGCGGCGGUCGCGGGGGACGAGCCGGCGGACGAGAAGGCGAAGGAGCGGGCCAAGGCGCUCGACGAAAAGUUGGUCAAGGACAUGAUGGAGGAACACGCGGUUAAGCUGAGGGAGAUGCACGCGAAGGUGACCGACACGCAGAGCGCGGCGACAAGCAAGCUGCAGCAGAGGCUGGCGCAGAGGAAAGGGGGGGGUAAGGUGGCGCCCGCGCCGAUGGAGGGGGUAACCGUGGACGUCUUUCCCAAGUGA